GCAUGGCAGCAGAUCGCGAGGCGGAGAUGAAGGGAUCGCAAGGCGCCGCUCCCGCGCCGCCCAGCGCCGCCGCCGCAGAGCCUGUGAUCGGGGUUCCCUACGCGUAUCCGCCCUCCGCGGGCGCGAUCCCGGCGAAUGGAGUGAUCUAUCCGCCUCUGGUGGCUCCGCAGCAAAUGCCGCCGCCUCACUACCAGGAGCAGCAGCAUUUCCUGGGAUCGGUGCCCCCGAAUGCGAUCGUCGGGCACCCGAAUGGGAUCCCGCUGCUGGAGACGGUGUUCGGCGACACUCCGGCUCCAUUUGUGUGCAGUCACUGUGGAACCGCGGGUGUGACGAGGAUCAAGUCCAAGAUCAGCUUGGCUACGUUUGUGGCGUGCUUGAUCUCGUGUGGAGUUUGCUUCCUGUGUCCUUCGUGCGAUUGUCUCUGGCACAAGGAGCAUUUUUGUCCAAGCUGCAGUACCAAGGUUGCUGAAUUCACCAAGUCGGAUCCCUGUGCCGUGAUUGACCCAAUGCAAUGGUUGCAACCAAGCUACGCGAUUCCAGCAUAGACUCUGCUCCUCUGCUUUUUGGUGUGUAUACUUGUAUAGCUCUUAACUUGGAUUCUGAAAGCUUCAGACUCUAGAACAAAGCUCUGGACGCAGUCGGAUUCUGCGACAUGCUUUGAUUAGUGAUCCUCUGGUUGGGCAGACAAUCUCAAGUUGAAGUGCAUGCCAAAUCCUCCAAGUCAAAGACUGGACCAGUGCCCAUCUAGAAAUCACUCAAAUCGUAUGUCCUUGUGAAGCUAAUUCCCCGAACUUGUAGAUUUCUUCCUCCUCAACUGCACAUUCUUAUAACUCCCUCCUCCAACUAGCAUUUCCUUUAACAUUUGUUUUGGUCGACCAAACAAAAGUGAAAGAGAAUAGUGCAGCCAAACCAGAUUACACUAGAUAAUCCAGAGAAAUCCAGAUUUUCU